CAGACUCCCGACCCGUCAAAGCCAAACACUUGGACGCCCUCCUCUCCAUCACGUACCAGACGCCGGCCUCGCUCGACCCUUUCCCCCCCAUCCUUCGGAAAUUGUGGGCGAAAAUGCGGGAAGGCGAUGCCCGGAUCACCCUGAAAGCCCUCUACGUCCUGCACCGCUUCGCCGCCAACGGGGCUGUCGAACAGUCAGG